UCGGAAAUCCUUGCAAACAUUGAAUGGCACACAUUUUCUUCGUCUGUCAUCAAAUAUGACGGGAUGACUUUGCUGGCAUCUCAGUUCAUCCCGACUAAGGGGUUUCUUGGACGGUGAGUGCACUAUACAUCACCUGUUCAGUUGCUCCAAUACUUUGUCUUUCAGGCGACGUGUCUUCAAAGGUCCUGACGGACUAUUAUACAAAUGGAAGAUUGGCCCGCGCGAAUGUACCCUCAUGCUCGACGGUACAGAAGUCGCUCGGCAUCACCCGCUGAACCUUGGUUUCAAGAAGGCAGGGCAUGAGGCAUACCUAGAGAUAUUUUCGCCAGUCGAACAUAUGGUGGACCUGGUGGUGCUGACAUUCAUAUACGUGGAAAAGCUGCGGAGGGGAAGUCAGGAGAGCCCGGGGACGGAUCGUAUACAUGCACCGAUCGAGCCAGCUAAUUAGCUUCGGUAUGAAAGGUACAUGUGGUGAAGAUAGUGAGAUGAACUAUCCCUGUAUUGUAUUACCGUUGCGAAGACUAAACAGUUUGCAGGUUGUAUGUACCUCUUGACGGUUAUGUUUUAGACGAAUCUACAUACCAUGCCUUCCUUUCGGUCGUUAUCGGCGGGUG